AACUUGUGAGAAAUGUCAGAAUUUGUUGUGAUGAUGAGUGGUGGUUUUUUGAUGAUGAAAUUUUAAUUAAUUACGAUUAAAAUAACAAAUAACUUUUUGCUGCAUCUUCAAUACCUCUUAUCAGUAUCUAAUAAUCGUUUUAAAUGUAUCAGGAUAAUCUGCAAAUAAUCUAUAUCUUGAAUUUUUAUUAAACUGGGUUUCAACAAACAUAGUGCACUAGAUUGCAUUAAAAAAGUUGUUUGAGAAGCAAUGGCUGGCUAUUUUGAAGAAAUGGGAUGGCGUGAAUUACAAGAUGGGGAACAACCAAACCACCUCCUUCAUAUGGCACGGUUUAUGCUUGACAUUGGAUUGCAUGAAGAUGGAUUCAGUGGUCAAUGGCCGAGAUUACCACCACCAGCUUCCAAAGAAGUAGUGAAGAACCUACCAGAAAAAACUAUCGAAACUAGUGAUGAGAGCUGCACAAUUUGCUUGAAAACAUUCCUUGUCGGUGAAAAAGCAACGACAAUGCCUUGCAAUCACCAGUUCCACAAUAAAUGUAUCCUGGUGUGGUUAAACAAGACCAACUCUUGUCCAUUCUGCCGGCACGAGUUACCCACUGAUGAUGAAGGUUAUGAAGCAUUUAAAAAGGAGAAGAAACGUGCAGUGCAGCGUGAACAAGAAUUAGACAUUCUGCACAAUUCCAUGUUCAGUUAAUUCCAAUUUCUUCUACUUUAUUCAUUACAUACUAAAGUAUAAUUUCGUGUUUUCUGGUGUACCUGCGGUAUAAUGGUUUUAGUAUUCAAUGUAAAUAAUUUACUUAUGAGUAAUAUAUUAGUUUUUAUGUAAAUACAUGGGUGGUAAUACA